CUUGUUGCAGGAAGAAGGACACUGAUUGGUCACGCUCGGGAUGUCAGCAAUGGGCAAAUGGACUCCAAGGGGCGGAUCCUACAAGGGAAAAGGCGGAACUAGUGGAGAGAAAAGGGCGUGAAGCCUCCACUUCCGGAAACAAAAAAGGCAGUGAGGGAAGCUGCCUGAAUCGGCGACAGAGGAGGCCGUUUGAUGCAGGAGGACGGAUGCAGGAAAGAGGCGCCGCCCGAGAGGAGGAGGAAGAGGAGAGCGGCGGGGAAAGGCCGGGGGGCUCUGGGGCUGCAGGCAGGAGGAGCCCAGGGGGAGCCCGGGAAAGGCAGCUGCCUGGAGGGCGAUGCGGAGAGGAGGAAACGGGCGGAGACCCCGAGACAGGCUUGGAGGGCGGAGGUUCCUUUGAAAGAUCCCGAAAGCCCCGAAGGAUCCAGGAGGAAGAAAAUGAACAUCAGUGCCCAGAAUGUUGUAAAACCUUCAAAAGAAAAGGAAACCUUCAAAGCCACCUAAUUAUCCACACAGGAGAGAAACCUCAUAAGUGCCUGGAGUGUGGAAAGAGCUUUGGUGAUAGGAGCACCCUCUAUAGACAUCAAAAAAUCCACUCAGGAGAAAAACCACAUAAAUGCCUUGAGUGUGGAAAGAGAUUCAGUCAGAGGGGACAUCUUUAUAGACAUCAAAGGAUCCACUCAGGAGAAAAACCUCAUAAAUGCCUGGAAUGUGGAAAGAGCUUCAGUCAGAGGGGACAUCUUUAUAUACAUCAAAGAAUCCACACAGGAGGGAAACCUCAUAAGUGCCUGGAGUGUGGAAAGAGAUUCAGUCAGAGGGGAUAUCUUUAUAGACAUCAAAGAAUCCACUCAGGAGUAAAACCUCAUAAAUGCCUUGAGUGUGGAAAGCGAUUCAGUCAGAGGGGACAUCUUUAUAGACAUCAAAGGAUCCACUCAGGAGAAAAACCUAAGUGCCUGGAAUGUGGAAAGAGCUUCAGUCGCAGCAGCAGCCUUUAUACACAUCAAAGGAUCCACUCAGGAGAAAAACCUCAUAAGUGCCUGGAGUGUGGAAAGAGCUUCAGUAAGAGGGGACAUCUUUAUACACAUCAAAGAAUCCACUCAGGAGAAAAACCUCAUAAAUGCCUGGAGUGUGGAAAGAGCUUCAGUAAGAGGGGACAUCUUUAUACACAUCAAAGAAUCCACUCAGGAGAAAAACCUCAUAAAUGCCUGGAGUGUGGAAAGAGCUUCAGUCAGAGGGGACAUCUUUAUGUACAUCAAAGGAUCCACACAGGUGAAAAACCACAUAACUGCUUGGAGUGUGGAAAGAGCUUCAAUCAGUUGGGAAACCUUUAUACACAUCAAAGGAUCCACACAGGAGAAAAACCUCAUAAAUGCCUGGAGUGUGGAAAGCGCUUCAGUAAGAGGGGACAUCUUUAUACACAUCAAAGGAUCCACACAGGAGAGAAACCUCAUAAGUGCCUUGAGUGUGGAAAGAGAUUCAGUCUGAAGGGAAAUCUUUAUAUACAUCAAAGGAUCCACACAGGAGAAAAACCUCAUAAAUGCCUGGAAUGUGGAAAGAGCUUCAGUCAGUUGGGAAACCUUUAUACACAUCAAAGGAUCCACACAGGAGAAAAUCUCAUAAAUGCCUUGAGUGUGGAAAGAGCUUCAGUCAUAGCAGCGCCCUUUAUACACAUCAAAGGAUCCAUUCAGGGGGUGGAACCUCAUAAAUGCCUGGAAUGUGGAAAGAGAUUCAGUCUGAGGGGAAAUCUUUAUACACAUCAAAGGAUCCACACAGGAGAAAAACCUCAUAAAUGCCUUGAGUGUGGAAAGAGCUUCAGUCUGAGGGGAAAUCUUUAUACACAUCAAAGGAGCCACAUAGGAGGAGAAAAACCUCAUAAAU